AACACUGCCUCGCUCACUCGUCGUCCGGCGCGCGUCCGAUACAGGAGUCAAAAGUUUCUCCUUUCUUCCUUUUUGCUAAGAACCCCUUGUUCACACACACAUACACAAAAACCCGAAACACAAAAUGUCUAAUCUCGCGGACCCCGUGGCUUUUGCCAAGGAUUUUCUCGCCGGUGGUAUUUCCGCCGCUGUGUCGAAAACCAUCGUUGCCCCGAUUGAGCGUGUCAAGCUGCUGCUCCAGGUACAGCACAUCUCGAAGCAAAUCGCCGAGGAUCAACGUUACAAGGGAAUGGUCGAUUGCUUCGUCCGUAUCCCUAGAGAACAAGGUUUUUUGAGUUUUUGGCGUGGUAACUUGGCCAAUGUCAUCCGUUACUUCCCCACGCAAGCUUUGAACUUUGCCUUCAAAGACAAGUACAAGCAGGUAUUCUUGGGCGGUGUUGACAAGAACACGCAGUUCUGGCGCUACUUCGCUGGAAAUCUCGCCUCUGGUGGUGCUGCUGGAGCAACUUCUCUUUGCUUCGUCUACCCACUUGAUUUCGCCAGAACUAGGUUGGCCGCUGAUGUCGGUAAAGCCGGAGCUGAGCGUGAGUUCAGCGGUCUUGGAAAUUGUUUGACCAAGAUCUUCAAGACCGACGGUCUUGGUGGAUUGUACCGUGGUUUCGGAGUAUCCGUACAGGGUAUUAUUAUCUACCGUGCAUCCUACUUCGGUUUCUAUGAUACCGCACGUGGUAUGCUUCCCGACCCCAAGAAGACGCCGUUCCUCGUGUCGUGGGGUAUCGCGCAGUGCGUAACGACCGUUUCUGGAAUCGUUUCUUAUCCCUUCGACACAGUACGUAGGCGAAUGAUGAUGCAGUCUGGUCGUGCAAAAUCCGAAAUUUUGUACAAGAACACGCUUCACUGCUGGGCAACGAUCUACAGAACGGAGGGUGGCAACGCCUUCUUCAAGGGUGCUUUCUCCAACAUUCUCCGUGGUACUGGAGGUGCCCUUGUGCUUGUACUAUACGACGAGAUCAAGAACCUUCUCUAAGUGACCGAAUAACGAAUAAUAUUCCCGAACAAACGAAAAAAAGAGUAAACCCUCCCUCGUAAGAAAUCCCCUCACGUUCAUCAAAUACCAAAAUAUCCACAAAUCACGACUACCAUCGACAACACAAGAAAACCUUCCCUCUCCUGCCCCAUCCCGAAUCAACACUAACAAUCGUUAAAUCUGGGAAGAAACAGCAAAAUACCCGAGUCCUUGGACGCGUUACAUCAAACAAAGUAACCAACGAUUUCAUGAAUAAAUCUCUCAUAAGCUGAGGAGUUUUGGUGGUGGCUCGUGAGAAAUGCACUCGAGCCUUGACAUUCACGUGCAAGAAGGGAAAAAAAAUAGAAAUAACCGUGGGUCAUAGCGUUAGUAAAUUGUCUUUAAUUUAUUGCCGGAUUCAGUAUUUCGCGGCGACUCGCGGUACGCCAAAAUAGAAAACGAAGCAUGAAAGAAAGAAGCGAAAUGUUAUCCACUUAGCACCAAAUCUAAUCAAGACUUUUGAGACGAUUCACACGACACGGAUGAAUAAAAACUCGUUCACGAAGAAACCAACGUUGAAACUUAUUUUUAUUUUUUUGUUUCUUGUUUUCAAAAUAAUCCGUAGCCGUUGAAAAUUUAUGAAAUUCAUUGGCACGCCGUCCAAUUGUGACUAAGGCGUUAUAAUCAUCAACGUGUACUUCUCAACAACACGAAAGUACGAAUUUAAUUUUUAAUAAUUGAUUUAAAAAAUGAACAUCAAGUCCCGAAUCGGUAAUUGAUAUUUUGAGAUAUCGCGUUUAAAGGGAAAAGAUCAGCCGAACUUCGUUAAAUAAGAAGAGAAAGAAAACCGAUGAACAGGGACGCGCGACGCUAAAAAUCAAGUUUUCGAAGAAAAAAUAAACAACCAACACGAUCCAUCGACGACGAUGGCGGGGCACGUAGACCUGGGCUGCCCCCGCCCUUAUUCUCGGCCCAUUGUAGAUAAUUAAUAAAGCUCGUAAUGAUAAUUAAAUGCAAGAAACGCGAUCCAUCUACCGAACGUUUUUGUCGAACGUCGCGGAGGAUACACCGAGUUUAGGGGGACGAUUUAAUUGAAUUGCUAACGCAAAUGUUGAUUUUAAAUCAUCGUGAAAGACGAAAAGUAAUACUGCAAAGUAAAUCUGCCAGAGAAAAAAGAAAAUACAUGAAAUCUACUUCGCACUCCGGAAAAAAACUUACGUGUAAGAUAAACGAUAAAACCGUUCAUCUGAAUGUGUAUGCAUCUAAUCUGUUCAUGUUAGGAUGUAUACAGGUAAUGCGGUAAAUCAAUAAAAAAAUGAAAAACCGAA